AUGGCUUCCCGCGCGCUCGCGAGCAACGAGGAGCUGUGGCAGCGGGCGAGCAAGACGGGCACGGGACUGAGUGUUUCCACGCUGCGCUUUUCGCGAACCAUUUCGCUGGACCAGGUGGCAGCAGCAGCAGCACUGGCGGCGUCCCAGCACCCCAUUCUGGCGGCCAGGAUCACCAGGGUGCAAAAGCCCAAGCCCCACUGGGAGCUCCGCGUGACUGGGGACGCUCCCCCUGCUGUCCCCGUGGCUGCGCACCCGUGGCACGACGUGCUGGGCGUUGACGGGGCGAGCACACUGGGUGGUAGUGAGUCGGAGGAGGCGCUGAGGCUGGUGACUCAAGUGGAGAUGAACAUGCCUAUGUCCGCGGCGGUUGGGGAGAAGGAUGAUGAGCCGACCGACGUGUUCCAGGUCCACGUGUACCCCUCAGAGCUCGCCACGUGUGUCGUGCUGAGAGGCCACUGUGCAGCCUUUGAUCGCUCCUCCGCUCUCUCUGUCGCCCGUGCCUUCCUCUCCGCCCUCGCGACUGUUCUUUCCGGCUCUGCCCCUUCUUCCCCAACCUGGCCUAGCACGGGAGUGUCUCUCCCGCCCUCUCUCGCGUCGCUCAUGCCCAAGGGCGCGCAGGCGAAGGGCUUUUUCACCAAGAUGGUGGACGCCGUGGGGUAUGCCGCCUCCUCGCACUCCGCUAUGCUUCCCUUCCAGCCAGGGUGUGCUGACUCGCGCAAGCACCACUUCCGCUCCGAGAUCAUCCCCAUCCAGUUUUCCAAGCAAGAGACUGAUGCGCUCAAGAGUGCAUGCGAGGCGAGGGGCAGCUCGCUGUACGGCGUGCAGUGUGCCGCGGUGCUCAAGGCAGCUGCAGAGGAGCUGAAGCUCAAGAAGGACGAGUCGUUUGGCGUCACCAGCCUCAUUGACUGUCGUCAGUACUGCGACCCCGCGCUCCCCUCUUCGGCCAUCGGGCUCACGCAGCAGGUGGCCACUGCGGUCAGCAAGGGGAAACAUUUCUCGGAGCUGCCCGUGCUGGAGAUGCUGUUUGGCACGGUGCUCAACACCCCCUCCCUGAGCCCAGAGCACUCCCUGCGCACCUCCUUCCUCACCUCCUUCACCGACGGUCCUCUCCCUCUCGACCUCACCACUACACACGGCACCAGUAACGGCAGCGCCACCAACGGCACCACCAAUGGCAGCAGUGCCACUGCUGCUGCUGCUGCUGCUGGGGACUUGGCUGUGCUGCAGCUGGACGGAGUGAUGGGGCCUCUGGUGGCCAGUCACGGCAUCGGCCCCUGCAUUGGCAUGCCCGAUUUCAUCAAGGAUGGGGCGCUGCAGGUGCUGCUGGUGUACCCUACCCCGCUCUACUCGCCUGCCCAGAUGGCCCAGUUUGCUGUCCUCGUUAAGAACAACCUCCUUGCAGCUGCAGCUAACCAGGAUGUGUAG